GCAUUCAGGGGAGAUAACUUAGUUCCGGGAAAGGGGUGUGAAAUUUUGUGUCUGCGUUGAAAUGUGUGCAUUUGAGCACAUUUACUCUUGUUAUGCCAGGAGCAACAAGCAUUUCAUAACAUAAUACAACCAUGAGUAGGUUAGGGAAAGCAGAAUAUGGAGUUUCAACAUUCUUUGCGGCAAGUUAUCCCAAUGACAAAUGUGGUGCCAAUGGUCUGCCGCUCACACCAAACUCCAUAAAAGUCCUGGGACGCUACCAGUACCUGAAAACAUUUGAGCAUCCUGCUGUUUGCAAGUAUCUGGAUAUAGUUAAAACCAAAAAUGAGAGACUGAUUGUGGUAUCAGAACACUACACAGAAAAUUUAUCCAAAGUCUACCAAACUGGGAAAUUUUCCAGUGAAACCACCCUCUUGCCACUAAUAUUUGAAAUUCUACAAGGGUUGGAGUAUCUGAGGUCGGGAGUGACACAUCAUAACCUCUCUCUACACAACAUCCUUUUUACAUCUGAAGGGAAGGUGAAGCUGUCUGAAUAUGGAAUGUACUAUAUGACAGAUGCUGGUAGCUCAGUGUCAUUCCCCAUCGGUCACCCAAAGUACAUGGCCCCUGAGGUACUGUGUGGAGGCCCCACAGAACUGGACGACACAUAUGAGACAAAUGUCCAGCCUGUACCCUGCUUCAAGGUUGACACAUGGUCACUAGGUAUCAUCGUCAUGGAAGCCUUCACGGGAAAAGAGUUAUGGGAAAACUUACCACUGGAACACAUUUUUGAGAAGGUGAUGAAGCUUCUAGAUUCUGACAUGGAUCCUCUGGAUGUGAUAUCACAAGACCAGGGCAUCGAGAAACAGCUUCAUGAACUUUCCAAAGAUGGUUUAGACUUUCUUCGCCUAUGUUUGACUCGGUUGCCAUCUAAACGACCAACUCCAGCAACCGUCCCGGGCGACCUGGUUCAACAAAUUAAGAAGUUGAUGGAAGACCGCUACGGACUGGAGAAGAAACAACCAGCCCAGGACCUGAGCCUUCGCGAAGGACUCCAGUUACAGACUCCAAGUCAUCUUCGUCUAGAAGGUCAUCGAGGGAUUCCCCAAGAGCUUCGCGAGGCUAUCGUCGUUCACCACAACGUAGAUCUCCGCAAAGGUUACCUUACAGACGCAGCUCGUCAGGGCGUUCUCCACGUCGAUCUCCUCGCCGUUCUCCACGUCGAUCGCCUCGCCGUUCACCUCGUUGAUCGCCUCAUACGCGAAAGUCUCCAGUCAGAGAUACGCUACUGGAUGGCCAACAACCUGGACCUGGCUUCGCCGUCUAAAGACAACAACCUGGCUCACACCUAUCUCAUGAGGGAGGACGACACAGACACGAUCACCCUACCUCCGAUUGACCCUAUAGCAACGGUUCCACAGAACUUGGAUACAGCUUUCCAAACAGCCACUAAAGCUCAGCGUCAUCAAGCAGACAUCACAGAGAUACUCCUCGAAGAUCGAAGUUCACUGGUUUACAGAGAGCACGGGACAGGAAGAUGGCCAGAUCCAGAGGUGGAAAGGACUCUUUUCGCCGCCCAUUUGGCAACUACAGGGGAGGAUCUGGAAGAGGCAGGGCACCCAGAGGCUCCCACAACUAUCGACGAUGAAAGACGGAUCCCGUACAAGAAUGGAUACCCUCUCUUCUCUGCCCACCUGCGAUGUGCCGACCUUGAGUUGCCAGUUCUCAAUGAAGAUGCCAACAUCAAUGAUCUAUGUGAAGACCAUUUGUCGGAAAGAAGCAUGGAAGAAGUUUAUUACUUGUGGAGACUCGCUGGUGGUGACCUGGAGACGGCGCUGCGGAAAGCUGGCCUCAUUAAGACCAACCCUCCCAUAACACUACUGCCAAGCUACGUGAGUCCCGAAGCGGAAGUGUACGGCAAGCCGAGGGACGAUGCAGAACUCCUGGAAAAUACUGUUGUCAUCUUGUCACAGGAACAGCUCCGAAAUAGACUGAAGGACAUUGAGGAGACAGCAUAUUACCCUCUGCUGGAAGAUGAGUCCAGCACAACAUCUGCUGGGUUGCCAACGUCUCCGAGCAGCGGCGACCUGACCGACACCGCCAGCCUCCCCCUUGUCAUCCGUGAGAAGGAUGUAGAGUACCAGUUCCAUCGCAUCAUCCUGUACGAGAGGCUGCUAAAAGCGUACCCAUACAAGCGACCACACAUCUGGCAGGAGGCACGGGUAGACAUUCCUCCUCUAGUCCGUGCUCACGUCUGGGCUGCUCUCCUGGAGGUGGAGGGUGACAUCGAGGCUCUAUAUGACUCCAUCGACAAAGAAACCCCAACAGCCACAGACAGACAGAUCGAGGUUGACAUUCCUCGCUGUCACCAGUACCAUGAACUCCUGUCCUCACCAGCAGCUCACACCAAGUUCCGCCGCAUCCUCAAGGCAUGGGUUGUUAGUCAUCCGGAGUAUGUCUACUGGCAGGGGCUGGACUCCCUGUGUGCCCCAUUCCUGGCCCUCAACUUCAACAAUGAAGCAUUAGCAUUCUCCUGCCUGUCUUCGUUCAUCCCCAAGUAUCUGCACAAGUUCUUCCUCAAGGACAACUCAGCUGUGAUCCAGGAGUAUCUGGCAGUCUUCACCCACCUCAUCUCAUUCCAUGAUCCGGAGCUGGGCAACCACCUGGAUGGCAUUGGUUUCAUCCCUGAUCUCUAUGCCAUUCCGUGGUUCCUUACAAUGUAUGCCCAUGUAUUUCCACUUCACAAGAUCAUGCACCUGUGGGACACACUGUUGCUAGGCAACUCAUCACUCCCUCUAUGCAUUGGUGUAGCUAUCCUUCAGCAGCUGAGGGAUCGUCUUCUCUCGUUCGGGUUCAAUGAGUGCAUCCUGCUUUUUUCUGAUAUGCCAGAGAUUGACAUCGAGCGAUGUGUUAAAGAUUCAGUAAAGAUCUUCUGUACUACGCCAAAGAGUGCUACAUACCGCCACCAUGCACGGCCUGCACGGCCAAGGACGUCUGCUUCUCGUCCUAAACUGUCCUACUACAGCCAGGAUUACAAUGAAUCACCACAGAAUGACCUGUCUAUGGAGGCACUGACAUUGGAGGAGCUGAAGUCAGAGAAGGCACCACGGAUAUCGGCGGAAGACCUGAUUGAGCUGGGGGAGCUGAUGGGUUCCGCCCCGACACGGAGCCCCACCAAGAAGAAGCAGAACAGCAAGCCCAUGAUCCUGGUGGUAGAUGUGAGAAGUGUGGAGGAAUACAAAAGAGGGACUGUCCCCAACAGUAUCAACAUUCCCUUCCAUACGGCCUUCUCCCCUGAAGGUGACCUUGUCAUGUGUCCGGCUGUACAGGCCCUCAACGCCAGCAGAGGUCAAGUCAGGGUCAUCAUUGGCAACAGAGGCAGAAAUGCUGCAAAUUUUGCUGCGGAGCUGAUUCGACUGGGCUACUCACGGACGUGUGUGCUGCACAAAGGUGUGGAUGUGUUCCGACAGACAGGACUGCUGACUGUUCCCCCGGCAGACUUGUGAACAGCUGCAGACGCCGGGUUUUGUAAAGUUGGGGGUGCACGUGAAUUGACUUGACACAGUGUGCAGAUAACAUGUAAGGUGUAUAGAAAAGGUUGCUCACUUGUGCAAACCCAAUAUGGGUUGAGCUGUUUGUGAACAACAGUGGACAUUUGUAUAAUGAGAAACCGAGAUCAAACUACCGUAUUUCCUCUAAUAAGCCCCUGGCACUUAUUUUUUCAACGGACCUCGAAACCCGGCGCUUAUUAGAGGCCCGGCACUUAUUAAAAUACCCUGUAUUUUUAAAAGCGGGGAUGAGUAUUUUUAGACCAAGGGAGAAUACAUUUGCGAAAAAAUGCAAAGGUCUAUACCGGGGCUUCAUUAGACACCCGGCACUUAUUGGAGGCCCGGCUCUUAUUUCUUAAAGCACUGCUUUAUCCCCGGCAGUUAUUAAAAGCCCGGCGCUUAAUAGAGGAAAUACGGUAUUCAUGUCAUGUCAUCUAUUCCAGUAUAAUUUCAGUGAGGCAGAUCCAUGUUUUGUAAAGUUGGGGUGUGGAGGGUUGGGGGGUCAUACAAUACUGAGGUCAUGAAGCAGCUCAGCCCAGUUCACAUCUAUGACCUAAAACCUCACACCCGCAAUCUGACUAUGCUAGUGAGCUGUUCAAGGGCAGCAAUGGGCACUGGUAUUGUAUAAAACUGAGAUCAUCUAUUCAUUUCAUCUAUUUAUUUGUAAUGAUAGGUUUGCAAUCCUUCAUGAAGGUCAGGUUGAUCCAUGUACACAGAGUGGUGGGGUAACCUCGUGGGGUAACCUAGUGGUUAAAACAUUCACACUCCAGGUCUGAUUCCCCACAUGAGUUCGUUAUCAGCGAUUUCCAAAAUGAGGCAACUUAGAUUUUGAUCCCC